CAGGAGUUUCUCCCUCGGUGUUCUAACCUUCUUCAGUCUUUUCGAUUUUCGUUUUCGCCUGGAAAACAACCAUGAAGUUAAACAUCUCCUAUCCCUCUACGGGAGCCCAGAAGACAUUUGAGGUCAACGAUGACCACAAACUCCGAUUAUUCUAUGAGAAGCGCAUUGGUGCAGAAGUUGAAGCUGAGCAAUUAGGAGACGAAUGGAAGGGAUAUCUUUUCCGUAUCGCUGGUGGUAACGACAAACAAGGUUUCCCAAUGAAACAAGGUGUCUUGACAAACACUCGUGUUCGUUUGUUGCUUAAGAAAGGUCAUUCCUGCUAUCGUCCCAGAAGAACUGGAGAACGUAAACGCAAAUCAGUCCGUGGAUGUAUUGUAGAUCAAAACUUGUCAGCUCUUGCUCUUAUUGUUGUCCGUAAAGGCGAGGGUGAGAUUGAAGGUCUUACAGACGUAACUGUUCCACGUCGUCUCGGACCAAAAAGAGCUAGCCACAUUCGCAAGUUAUUUGCUCUUACAAAGGAAGAUGACGUUAAGAAAUAUAUUAUUAAGAAACCAUUACCUGCAAAGGAAGGUAAGAAGCAACGUUUCCAAGCUCCUAAAAUCCAACGUCUCGUAACACCAGUCGUUUUACAACGCAAACGACACCGUUUGGCACUUAAGAAACGUCGUAUUGAGGGUAGAAAGGAAGCUGAAGCUGAAUAUGCUAAAUUAUUGGCUCAACGUAGACGUGAAGAAAAACUCCGUCGUCGUACACGAACAGCCUCAAUCCGUGAGUCAAAGAGUUCAAUCUCAUCUGACAAGGAUAGCAAAAAGGAAGUUGUCAAGAAGCCAGAGGUUAAGCCAGCUGCAAAGAAAGUUGAUGAUAAGAAGAAGCCAGCUGAAAAAAAGGCUGAUGCCAAGAAACCUACUGCAGAAAAGAAGGAUGCUAAGAAGGUUGAAGCUAAACCAGCAGCAGCCAAAAAAGUUGAUGACAAAAAGAAGCCAGCUCCAGCACCCGAGAAAAAACCAGCAGAGACAAAGAAAGCUGCUCCAGCAAAGAAAGAAGCACCUAAACGUAAGGAACCAACUAAGCCAGCAGCAUCAAAACCAGCAGAUGCCAAGAAGCCGAAAAAGAAGUAAAUGAGUUUUGUAUUUCUAAAUAAAUGAUGAAAUAUGUAUAAGGAGAACCUUCAUAUUAAAGAAAUAAACUGAAUAAUUCUUGGAAACAUU